AUGGUAGCCAUUGCUUAUUGUUUCAGUGGUCUCCCCACGCCAUCAAUAAGUCCUCAAGGAGUUGUUGGGCAUUUCCCAAAUCUUCAUUGCCCCUCUCUCACGUUUGCCCAUUUGAGAACUAACUUCAAUACACCCAUGGCCACAACCCCCUUCCAAGUCUCUGCAUCAUCAUCAUCAUCCACCAUUGGUGCACCAGAUGAAGAAAAUGAGGCAGCCUCUUCUUCAGCUUCUUUUCUGAACAAGUUUUCAUUGAGUGCUCCAUCUGGGAAGCGGCGGACUGAUAACACCAUACCAUCAGCAUAA